AUGCCGGUAUAUUCCAAAUCGAAAUGGCUUACCGAUGCUAGUUCCAAGUAUGUUGUUAACGGGACGGCGAUCCCCGAUAUUGACUUUGACAUUGGAGAGUCGUAUGCCGGUCUGUUGCCCGUAACGACUGAGCGUGAUGAAACGGACCAGUUGUACUUUUGGUUCUUCCCUACCUCCACCAGGGAAUUCGGGAAAAAGAAGGAGAUUGUCAUUUGGCUAGGCGGUGGUCCCGGCUGCUCUUCCCUCUUCGGCCUCUCCCGCGAGAACGGUCCGUUUCUGUGGAAGCCUGGCAUGAAGAAGCCGCUCAAGAAUCCUUGGGCGUUCAAUACCUUGACCAACGUGGUUUGGGUCGACCAGCCUGUGACGACGGGGUUUGCCAGGGGCAAGGCUACCGCGAAAAAUGACGACGAGGUUGCAAAGCAGUUCCUGGGCUUCUGGCAGAACUUUGUCAACGUCUUUGCCGACAUCAGGCGGUACGACAUUUAUAUUGCGACCGAGUCGUACGGCGGCAUGUACGGUCCACACAUUGCCAAACACUUUAUCAAGAAUCCGUUCUACAUCUUCAAGGGUCUACUGAUAUACGACGGCAUCAUGUUUGACCGCCACAUUCAAACCAACGUGGUGGUGAACAGCUUCACAGACAUGAACCGCGACAACUUGCCCGUUGACGAAGAAACUCGGCAGCAGUGGCACAAUACUGCCCACGACUGCAACUUCACGUCAUACGAGAAGAAAUAUCUGCAGUACCCUCCUCAUGGCCCGCAGCCCACACAACUCCCUGGCUAUGAGGAAGGCGCCGAAGGGUUUGUCUUUCCUCGCCAGGCCUGCGUUAAUUUUUUUACCACCGUCUUUGACAAAAUUACGGAGGUGAACCCGUGCGCCUCCAUGUACAACAUCAUGAGCAAGUGUCCGCCUCAGUUUGACCCCAUCAAGGGCAGCGACGCGCCCUGGUUCGACCGACAGGACGUCAAGGCGGCCAUCAACGCGCCUAUGGAUGUGGAGUGGGUGCCGUGCCGGGACAAGGUCUUUGCAAACGCGAGAGACGAAUCGCCUCCGUCUAGCCGGGAUGUCUUGCCGUUUGUUAUUGACGCGACGCAAAACGUCAUUAUUGCGCAUGGCGCCAUGGAUUUUUACCUGCCAAUGAAUGGUGUCCUCUUGGGAAUUCAGGGCAUGACUUGGGGUUACGAGAUGGGAUUCCAAAAAGCACCCGAGGAGCCCUUCAUUGUUCCAAGGUACAACGACGGGCCUGCUUCCAGCAGCUACGCGCACGACUUGCCGUCUGGCACGGGCGUCAUCGGCACAACCCAUCAUGAACGCGGUCUCACAUUCGUGGCUACCAAGCUGGCGGGCCACGAGGGUUCUGGCGAUUCUCCCGCCGGUGCCUUGCGCCAUCUUGAAAAACUCACGGGUUGGGUCAACGCCUUGUCUUCCCAUGCGCCCUUUACACUUCCGGAAAUUCGCAUUGUCCCGCAACCUCCUGGGGAGGUCUCCAAGGGCAUUGUUCCCAUUCCCUGUUUUAGCAGUAGCUGUUGA